AUGGUCUAUCCGUUCGACUAUCUCCAACACCGUCGUGACUGCAAAUUCAAGCAGUCUGAACGCGCGGACAGAAUCCACCGUCUCACAACGUACGUAGGCCACUUUACAGCGCAAGACCGCCAGAUCCUGGACAGGCCCGUCGAGGAGCUCGUGCAAGAUGUCCACAAGACCGUCCUGAAGCCAAUCGACAUCCUCAAGACCUACGGCAAGGUCGCCCUCAAGGCCCAUGAGCGCACAAACUGCCUGACCGAGGUCAUGAUUGAGUCCGCCGAGAAGUGGGUCGAGGAUGGCUCCAUCAACAUGAAGGGCCCCUUAGCUGGCAUCCCCGUGAGCCUCAAAGACACUAUCGUCGUGGGCGGCUACGACACCACUGUUGGCUUCAGCAGCUUCGUCGGCAACAAGACAGCCCUCGACGGGCCCGUCGUCCGCCUCCUCAAGGACGCCGGCGCGGUCCCCUACGUGAAGACCAACCUACCCAUCACCCUUCUCAGCUUCGAGUCCACAAACGACGUCUGGGGCCGCUGCACAAACCCGCACAACGCACGGUACUCCCCCGGCGGCUCCACCGGCGGCGAGAGCGCCCUCCUCGCCAUGGGCGGCCGAAUCGGCAUCGGCAGCGACGUCGCGGGCAGCGUGAGGGCCCCCGCGCACUUUUCCGGUUGCUACAGCCUGCGCUGCUCCACGGGCCGGUGGCCCAAGCUAGGCUUCUGCACGAGCAUGCCCGGGCAGGAGGGCGUGCCGUCCGUCUACAGCCCCAUGACGCGGACGCUGGACGACCUGCGGUAUUUCACGCGCGCGGUGGUCGGCAUGAAGCCGUGGACGUAUGACUACAGCGUCCACCCGCUCGAGUGGAGGGCUGAGACGGAAACGGCGUGGCUCGAGAAGAAGAAGCUCCGCGUCGGCGUCAUGCGCACCGACGGGGUCGUCGAUCCCAGCCCGGCGUGCCGGCGCGCGCUGGAGUUGGUCGAGAACGCGCUGCGCAACGAGGGCCACGAGAUCGUCGAAAUUGACCCGCCAUCGCCGUACGAGGGGCUCAAGAUCGCGGCGCUGGCGCUCAACGCCGAUGGGUGCCAGAUGUUCAGCACCUUUUUCCGCACGGGCGAGUGGAACGACCCGGGCGCCGCGCAGAUGAAGUUCCUGAUGAACCUCGCGAGCCCGCUGAGGUACCUGUACUACCUGUGGGUCAAGUACAUCCGCCGCGACGACAUCUGGGCGGGUCUCGUCAGGGACUGGCGGCCGCAGACGGCGUUUGAGAACUGGAAGUUGGUCGCCAAGCGGGAGGCGUACCGGAACAAGUGGUUCGACUGGUGGAACGCAACGGACGUGGACUUUUUGAUCACGCCGCCGAAUGCGACGCCUGCCGUGCCGCAUGACGGGAUGAAGGAUGCGUGCAGCAGCUGCGGCUACACUUUCCUCUUCAACCUGCUCGACUACACCGCCGGCGUCCUCCCCGUAACACACGUGGACAAGAACCUGGAUCAGCUCCCCGCGGACUUCAACAUCAAGAAGCUCAAUGGCGUGGCGUACGGUGCGUACAAGCUGUACGAUGCCAAGGACAUGCACGGCCUGCCCGUCGGCGUCCAGGUCGUGGGUAGGAGAUUAGAGGAGGAGAAGGUCCUGUCACUCAUGAAGAGGGUAGAGGAUGCUUUGGGUGACGACAAGUACAAGCUGUUGGACAUUGACUAG